CACCAAAACAGGCAAAUGCUACAAUUUCAUUGUCACAUAAUUCAAUCAUUCGUGACAAAUCAAAUUCAUCACUGAUACUACACUCGUCACAAAAAGGCCUACCCAUGACAACUAUAUGUGACCAUUAAACAUGUCAUCGUUAUUGUUUUUGUGUCGUCACUAACUUGUCACAAAAAGGAUCUUUAUUGCUGACAAGAUUGUCAUGCAAAUAUUAGUAUCUGUUACGAACAAAAUCGUCACAAUUGAAAUCGUCAUUUAUGAUGAUUUGGACUCGUCGCACAUAAAUUUUGAAUGUUGCAGAAAAUUGAAAAAAUUGAUGCCUAUAAUUAUAAAUGGAUUUCUCAUACAAUCGGACUAGUAGAAUCAUCAAAUCAGUUACUAUAGUGGUUCAAUCUAUUUGCUUGGAUAGCUGGAGAUGGAUCGAACGUUUUUAACGGUUGGACAUGAAACUAGAUGAACCAUCCAAGUUUGCAUGGUCCACAAAAAAAAAACAGAAAAAAACUUAAACGUCAACUAAAAUCCUCCAACUUUAAUUACUAAUUUUAUUAGUGAUGCCUCUUUUUUUUUUUUUUUUUGCACUUUCCUCGUUAACUUUACGUGAUCCACUACUGAUUGACACUCUAAUUACUAACUUGAUUUAAAUUUUUUAAUAAUUUUCUUGUGAGACCAUUUGAAUAAUUUGUUAUAAAUUUGAUGAUAAAUUAUAUGGAUUUGAAAUUGUUUAUGAUCAAUAAUAAAUUUAUUUUUAAAAAAUUAGUGCAUUUGUGUUAUAACGCAUAAAUCGACACUUAACCAACGAUUACAUAACAAUUAACAAUUAACUACUGAACCAUAAAUCACUAACUUAUCUGGCAUCCGUUCCGGUUCUAAAAAACUUCAUAAUCCUCUGAUUAAUUGCAUGAUAAAUAACUCGGCCAAAUUAACCAUGAUAUCGCUAAACAAUCCGUCAUUAUUGUGCAACCUGCCACGUCUGAUUUGGGCUCACAAAUAAAGAGGCCCGGUAUAACAAAAGCAGAGUCCAGCCCAGGGAGAAACGAUUUAAAAGUCAAGCCCGCCAAAAGUGUGAGCCAACGCCAACGCCAACUUCUUCCAUUCAUUUCUUAUCAUCGUCAACCCCAACAAGUCAACAACCAGCCACGCUCUAGAAAAACCGAUCUAGCUAGAGCUCCUGAUCCAAAUCUCUGCACAUCUUCUUCCUCAAGAGAACUGAACUGGCUCCUUCAACUGCAGGUUUGUCUGUCUAAACUCUAAACACUAUAAGCCCUUUUCAUUAUUUCGUUUGCUCUACUACAUUACAUAUGUCACAUCGUCUAUAGCGAAUUUGGACCUUUCCCUUUGCGGCGUUAAUCUUUCAUAUCAAUCGCGAUUGCUUACUUGGAAUCAUUGACUGAUGCAGCAGCGAGCAUAUGGAAUCCUCUUCUUCUUCUUCUUCUUCUUCUUCUUCUUCUUCUUCUUCUACGCCGCCGUAUGUUGCUCUUCCAGCAGGGGAGUACGAGGUUUUCAUGAGCUUUAGGGGUCCCGACGUUCGCAACACGUUUGCCGAUCAUCUCUACAGGUCGUUAACACGUGCCAAGAUUCGCACGUUCAUGGACGAGGAAGAGCUGCGGAAGGGGGAAGGGAUCGCUCCUUCCCUAAUCCGGGCCAUCCCGGAAUCGAAGAUCUACAUCCCUAUUUUAAGCGAGCAGUAUGCUUCUGGCAAAUGGUGCCUUCUAGAACUGGCUCAAAUGGUGGAUUGUUGGAAGCAACGGAAGGGAUAUCUCAUCCUCCCCAUUUUCUACUUUGUUAACCCGAGAGAUGUGCGACAUCAGGAGGGUCCUUAUCAGCAAGCCUUUGAACAGCACGCCCACAAACACAGCCCACAGACAGUGAAGGAAUGGAAGGAAGCACUUCGAGAGGUCGGGCAAAUGAAAGGAUGGCACGUUACAGAAUCCCGCGGCGAGGGAGCCAUUGUUGACGAGGUUCUUUCCAGAGUUAGAUCACAUUUGAGGAGUAUGUACACAUUAGUGACCGACGAGCUGGUGGGGAUCGAUACUCCCAUGGAAGAAGUGAUGGAAUUGUUGAACUUAGAGUCGUCCAAAGAGAGAGUUAUCGUUGGCAUACACGGCAUGGGUGGUCUGGGUAAGACCACACUAUCCAAAGCGGUAUACAACAAGAUUUGUGAUCGAUUUGAUUGUUGUUGUUAUCUCGAAGAUGCACGGGAAGUUUUAGCAGAGAGUGAUGGAGCCGUAUCUCUACAGAAAAAGGUCCUCUCGACCAUAUUGGAAGGUGAUCAUCAUGUUCAAAAUGCUAGCGAAGGAAUCUACAUGAUUAAAAAUAGGGUUUGCAAACACAAAUUGCUUCUUGUUGUUGACGAUAUAGAUGACAAGUUCGAAUUUAAUAAGAUUCUAGGAAAAUUAGGUGAUUUUUCCUCGGGUAGUAGAUUUAUAUUGACAACUAGAUAUACAAGGGUUUUAGAUUUUAUUUUAGAUUGCAAAUUGUAUGAACCACGAGAAAUGAGUCAUCAUCAUUCGCUACAACUUUUUAGCAAACAUGCUUUUGGGAUGAACAAUCCUCCUGAGGAAGAUGCAGGUAUAUCUAAGGAAUUUGUAAAAGUUGCUACUGGACUUCCUUUAGCUCUCAAGGUGAUAGGAUCACUUUUGUAUCGUAGAAAGAAGAAAUUUUGGGAAGAAAAGUUGAAAGAAUUACAAAGCAUACCUUCUUCCGAAAAUAUGUUGCAGGAGAGAUUGAAGGUUAGCUACACGGACUUGUCGCACAAUGAAAAACAAAUAUUUCUUGACAUUGCAUGUUUCUUUGCCGGUAGCCACAAAGAUAUACCUUACUACAUGUGGAGUGGUUGUGAUUUUUAUCCAGAAAGUGGGAUCACUAAUCUUAUCAACAGAUCUUUGCUAAAACUUGAUGAGAGAAACCAAUUUUGGAUGCACGAUCUCAUCAAAGAUCUUGGGAGAGCCAUUGUUAGAGAAGAUGUUCGAAAUCCAUACAAUCGUAGCCGGAUAUGGUCGACCGACGAUGCCCUCGACAUGUUAAGAAAUAGAGAGGGAAGUGAAAGGGUGGAAGUUGUUCGGAUAGAUGUGAAAUUUAGCGAUGAUCAUGACAAGCUGCUUACAAGUAAGGAAUUUGAAAAAUUAUCAGGGUUAAGAUAUUUGGAGGUGCGAUAUGGACUCAUGAUGGGGGAUUUCAGCCAAAUUCUUCCAAAUCUAUGUUGCCUUCGAUUGUAUAACUGUCGAUCUAUCCCAACUAACGUUAACACAAAAAAAUUGUCGGUACUUGAUUUGGAGGGUUCCAGUGUUAUGGAUGACUGGAAGGGCUGGAGUGGAAUAAAGGCAACGUCAAAGCUGAAAGCUAUAAAUAUAGCGAACUGCCUGCUGACAAAAUCUCCCGACUUGUCGACAUGCACAAGCCUCGAGUACAUAAAUUUCAUGGGAUCUUUCACAGUGAACGGACAGUUCAGCAUCGGCAAAUUCAAGAAUCUGGAAACGCUGAUACUCAAAGGAAUCGACAUAACAACGUUGAUCAUUGGGGGUGGUGGCAUUGGAAAGCUUCGACGAUUGGAGGAGAUGCAGUUGAUGGGGACCAACUUGAGAGAAUUGCCCGCCGGGAUGGAAAAUUUGCCCUCUCUCGAAACCCUAUCGUUCGGAUCGGCACACUGUAUGGAGAUUCCCAGGCUUCCGGCGAGUUUGAAGAGGUUACUUAUCUCGCAUUCGUCGAGGGUCCCGAAUCUUGCUGAGCUCAAGGAGCUGGAAUCCCUGAGCUACCUGUGGGCAGAUAAUCCUUGGAUCCCAGGAGACUUAUGGCGGCUUCCCAAUUUGAAGGAAUUGACACUAAGGCACUCCCGUUUCGAUGGGCCACUGCUGCAGGAUGAUCAGGACCAGGAGGCAACAACUUCCCCUGCUGCUGCUCUGCCCACAUCUUUAACCCGCCUUCAUGUCGAGAGCUGCCCGCAGUUGAACGAACUCCCCAGCCUAGUGAAUCUGUGCAAUCUGAACCGACUCGUGCUCUCGGGUAUCGGGGUUUCCGAGAUCGGGGGCCUGGGAGAGCUGAGGGCGCUGGAGACUAUGUUACUCUGUAGACUUGAGAAUCUGAACAAUCUCAACGGACUUGAGAAUCUGCUUCUCCUCAAGACCUUGACCUUGAGAAACGCCCCGCUGGAGAGCCUGCCGAGUUUAGCGAAUUUGGCCAAGCUGAAAGAUCUGGAGGUCUGGGACUGUUCGAAUCUCGUCGAGAUACAAGGACUGGGCGGCAUCGGGGGGGAGUCUUUAUCCCGUCUGAAAAUCGGCAUAUGUCCCAACCUGGCAGACUCGGACGGACUUCAACUUCUGGUAGCACUGGAGGAAUUGCUUUUGUACGAACAGUCGUUCGGUGGGAUGCAAUCUCUCAAUCUCUCCGGACUCGUCAAUCUGAAACAGUUGAACAUCCGCAGGUGGCGGGAGUUGCUGGAGGUUAAAGGGCUGGAGGGAUUGGUGUCGUUAGAAAGGCUUACUAUGGAGGGCUGCACUUCCAUACGACAGCUGCCGGAUCUAUCCGAGCUCAGGAAUCUCAAGGAACUGCACCUCAGUGAUUGCCAAAGCUUGAUUCAUCUCGCGGGGAUCGAGAGAUUGGAAUCGUUGCAGCGGCUGCUGCUGCCGCGGUGUAGUUCGAUUACCAAGCUGCCAAACUUAUCCGGCCUCACAAAUUUGGAGACUUUGGACCUCCAGAGGUGCGUAGAGUUGACCGAGGUCGAGGGGGUCGAGGGAUUGGAGUCGUUGAGGUGGCUACUGCUGUCCGAGUGUCGUUCUGUUACAAAGCUGACCAACUUAUCGGGCCUCAAGAGUUUGGAGACUUUGCAUCUUUCGGAAUGUGUGAACUUGACCGAGGUCGAAGGGGUCGAGGGGCUGGAGUCGUUAACAAUGCUGCAACUCUAUAAUUGCAGGUCGAUAACGGAGUUGGGAAAUCUGUCUGGUCUCGAGAAGUUGGAGGAGCUUAAUAUAAUGGGGUGCACGAAGCUGAUGGAGGUCAAUGGACUUGAUGAGCUGGAGAAGUUACGGUACCUGGACAUGGGGAGAAGGAUGAGAGUGAAGUAUUUGGCCAAAUCUGCUGCUAGAUAUUGCUUGAGACUAGCUGGCGCUGCACCAGUCGUUGGUCGCUUAGUAUCGUGGGGUGCACGAAGUUGAUCGAGGUCGACGGACUUGAUGAGCUGUGGGAGUUAUGGAACCUAGAAAUGGGGAAAAGGAUGAGAGUGAAGUAAUUGGCCAAAUUUGCUGCUAGGUAUGGCAAAAGACUAGCAGCUGCACUGGUCGUUGGUCGCUCACCAACUGCUGCUGGGACUACGGCUUCCAGCUAACUACCCCUCUCUGCUCUCGCUGUCUGCCGUCUUUUUUCCCCUGCAACUAAAACAGCAUCAUCUCUCCAUAACCAACUGGCUGGCGCGAAUGUACCGAUUGCACUCACCAGCUCUGCAAUUGGUGAAGAUAUCUGACCGCAUUAAGAGAGAUGCUCGCUCGGGAAGGCUGAUCAGUUCAUGUCCUUAAUUCGCAUGACGUUAUGGGACAGUGUUUCCUACCCUUGGAAUAGCACUACUUUGUAAAAUCUGCUGCUAGAUAUGGCAAGAGACUAGCUGGCGCUGCACCUGUCGUUGGUCGCUUAAUAUCAUGGGGUGCACGAAGUGAUCGAGGUCAAUGAACUAGAUGAGCUGGUGGAGUUAUGGAACCUGGAAACGAUGAAAAGGAUGAGAUGAAGUAUUUGGCCAAAUCUGCUGCUAGAUAUGUCUAAAGACUAGCUGCACCGGUUCGCUGGUCGCUCACCAACUGCUGGUGGGACUACUUCCGCCGUCAUUUUCCCCUGCAACAGCAGCUGCAGUUGAAGGUAAUAUCAAGAAGAUUGCAUGAAGAGCACUGUAAUAUUAGGCACCAGUUUGAGGCAUUGUGGUUGGUAACACAUUUUGCGUCUUCUCUCUUUACUGUAAAAACCUAUUUGCUCCCCACCUUUUUCCAGUUCUACCUUCUAAGUACUCUGUUUUGUUCAGCUGUGAAUGAGAAGCAUGGACGGUUCUGAAACUUCAUCCAUUGCAUAUUUAACCAGGAUCUGCAGCACAUCAGCUUGGGAUCUUCCUAAGCAAGAGAAGGUUAACCUCAGAGUCGAUACAUCAGCUCUUUUCUUUUGGUCACGGCCGUAGUGCUAUCCUCUUCAGGGAUUAUCAAAGCUGUUUGCUGAUUUGAACUCGACAACCACAACAAGGUCGCCAAAUGCGCAACCAGAGCUGGCGACAGAGUGCUGGGCAGCAAUGUUCAAACUGCAAAACUUAUCCUGCGCCUCUUCCCCUUCCGGCUUCGAAAAAAACACACAACUGAUCGAUCAAGCAAAGGAUAACUGGCUAAGGGAGUGUCGUCAGUUUUCAACUUACAGCCGGCCAGAAAUCCAAGUGAAGAGCCCAGAUUGGCGGAACUGGUUGUGCAGCUGGAUUCUGUUCUCUUAGAAAAGCAGAGUGUCCUGCCAUGUCCUCUGGUUUUGGUUUUCUUCCGGUGCACGAGCCUAAUUAAGUGGGCUGCAAUGCAGGAUGACAGCCCAACGGGCUCAAACGAGAGACCACUCGACUAGGCCCAACCAGUAAAUGCAGUGAAAAAGACGAGAGCUUAGGGGUCGUUUGGAGAAUGGGAUUUAGGGCGUGGAUUCAUUGAAUCCGUAGAUUUUGUAGAAAAUUAUGUUUUUUUGUUGUUUUUUGUAUUGUGGAUUUGAGCUUUAGAGAUUUCAAAUCUCUAAAAUCUACGGAUAUCAAAUCUCUCAUAAUCAGAGAGAUUCUAUAUCUUGAUUCGUGAGAUUUUUUUCCUCCUACUUUUUCUCUUUGUUUUAUUUAUUUAUCAUAUUAAAUAUAUUUAGCAACAAAGUUUUUAAUAUUUCUCGAACCACUCUAAUUUUUUAUUAAGGAUAAACACGUUAUUUAAUA